AUGUAAAUGCAAAUGUAAAUCAAAGCGUUUUAAGUAGUUAGAAAUAGGAUGAUAUAGAAAUUCCUGAAUAUGGAGUUCCACCUCCUCUGCCUAAUUAAGGAAGACCGUAUUCUAGUUAACAAUAUUAAUUAGCUCCUGCUCCUUAAAUAUCAAGAGAAAAUAAUCUAGCAGUGUAAAUAAAUGAGGAACAAUAAAUCAACCAAUAACUAUAUGAAGUAAACGAACUAGAGGAUGUUCAUACUUCUAACCCAAAAAGAUGCUUAUAUUGCGAAUCUUACAAAGUUCCUAGAAUUCAUCAUUGCAGAAUUUGUGGAUACUGUAUUUUUAGGAGAGAUCAUCACUGUGUGUGGAUAGGAAAUUGUGUAGGCAUAAAAAACCAUAAGUUUUUUUUACUAUUCUUAAUAUAUGCUGCAAUAGCCUUGUUUUAGAUAGCUAUUCCAACUUUAAUUGAUUUUCUUAAACUAGGAAUUAAUAUCAUGA